AUGGCGCCAGCACCAUCCAUGCUACCGUAUCCUACUUCAUUCCACUUUGGCAGCUACGGCUCUUCUGCUCCCGAAAGUCAGCAGAAGGCAGACAGCAGACAGACGCGCUGUCUCGGUGGGCGAGCCCUUGCUCCAUCUCUGCACGAACCAUCCGCUCAUUUCGAUUUCGAGGCCCAACUCAGUCUCGCUUACGGCGGCGCGGCCAGCGAGCCAAGCAGCAAGCCCGGCAGCCUGCUGGAGGAUCUGCCAGUCGUUUGCAAUCCUGCAGCUCCACUGCAGUGCUCUGCACUGCACUGCAAGUCGCAACUGCGCUCUGCAGCUCCUCUCGACUUUCUCCAACCCGCAUUUCAUUCUCCACAGCCGCGCCAUCUCCCUUUCUCUCUCGCACACACACACACAAACGCACACACGCAGACCCCCUGCACAGACGCAUCCUCCUGCCUGCCUGCCAACCUGCCCGCACCUGCCCGCCCUCUCUUGCCCAGAUCCGAAACAGCACUUCAACGUGCCAGGCCUGUCCUCUGCCUCUGCCUCUGUCGCUGCCUCGGCCGCCCAUCCGCUGCUCCUCCUGUCUUUGGCCGCUCGCCCUCGUGCAUUGCGAUCGCCGAAAACAUCUUAAGCACUUCCACUAGACGCCGGCUCAAUCCAGCCCAAGCCAAGCCCCGUCAAGCCCUUCAACCGCUGCCCACUGUCUACAUUCGUUCGCUUCGUUCCUCCUCGUCGUUGGUCACUCCCUCCUUCUGCCUCUUGCUAAGCUGCCCUCAGUUCCGCAAGCACCUGGAUCCAUCGGCACUCCCGACACGGCUCGACUGCUGCGCUCCGAUCUACCACUCGGGCGACAUCGGCUCUGACGACGCACCAGCGUGCAGUCCCAGCGGCCUCGGCACACGUUCCGGCACGACGAAGCCGCUGCGCGCAAUCCCACCACCACCGCAAUUUGCAUCCGCCAAGCUUGGCAGCGGUCUCGACCGCCCCUGGGCACCUCCGAAGCGCACCGCCAUCCGUCGUUCGCUGACGCUCGGCCUCUCUCCGGACAGUGCGCAACACCUUUCCACGUCCAAGGCAGCCGUCGCCGCCAGUGCACCCACACACGCCGGCUUCGGUCUAGAGUCCACGCUCGGCCGAUCGAAGCCGGCACUCGCCAAGAUGGGCAACUGCCUCUCAUCCACCGACCAGAAGGAGGCCAAGGACCGCAGCGUGGCCAUCGACAAGCAGAUCGAAGAGGACAGCCGCAAGUUCAAGAAGGAAUGCAAGAUCCUCCUCCUCGGCUCGGGCGAGUCGGGCAAGUCGACGAUCGUCAAGCAGAUGAAGAUCAUUCACCAGAAUGGCUACACCAAAGACGAGCUGCUGCUCUAUCGACUCACCGUGAUCAAGAACCUGGUCGACUCGGCGCAAGCCAUCGUGCUGGCGCUGCGAAAGUUCAAGAUGGAACCCGAGAUGCCCGAGAAUCGCGAAAACGUCGAUGCGAUCCUGCAGUAUCGCGUGGAUGCGGAUCCGGGCGCGACGCUCGACCAUGCCAUGGCGCGCAAGGUGGACUCGCUCUGGAAGGACCCCAUCAUCCCUGCGGUGAUGGAACGCGGCAGCGAAUUCUACCUGAUGGACAGCGCCGCCUACUUUUUCGACAAUGUCAACCGCAUUGGCCAGCCGGACUAUGUGCCGGACGAGAACGACGUGCUGCGUGCGCGUUCCAAGACGACGGGCAUCAGCGAGACGCGCUUCAACAUGGGCCAGCUCUCAAUACACCUCUUUGACGUGGGCGGCCAACGGUCGGAGCGCAAAAAGUGGAUCCACUGCUUUGAGGCGGUGACGUCGAUCAUCUUUUGCGUGGCGCUGAGCGAGUACGACCAGGUGCUGCUGGAGGAGAGCGGGCAGAACCGCAUGGCCGAGUCGCUGGUGCUCUUCGAGUCGGUGGUCAACAGCCGAUGGUUCCUGCGCACCUCGAUCAUCCUCUUUCUCAACAAGAUUGACAUUUUCAAGCAAAAGAUCCCCAAGCAGCCGCUCUCCAAGUACUUUCCCGAAUACAGUGGCGGACCGGACAUCAACAAGGCGGCCAAGUACAUUCUCUGGCGCUUCACGCAGACGAACCGCGCGCGGCUCAGCAUCUAUCCGCAUCUCACGCAGGCCACCGACACGAGCAACAUCCGACUGGUGUUUGCAGCGGUCAAGGAGACCAUCCUCACGAAUGCGCUCAAGGACAGUGGCAUCUUGUAA